AACAAAAUUUUACAAAAAAUAUCAGAGUUAAAAAAUGAAAGAGUUUUAUCACAAACUGAACAAAGUGAUGAGGAGGAAGAAGUCCCUGAUGAAAGAGAACAAGCUAUUACUGAUACUAUUAUGAAUUUUGAGAGAAGAACUGAAAAGGAACGAAAUUUUUUUUUCCAAGACUAUAAUAGAAAUAAAACUUCUGAAAAUUGCAAAAAGAUUUUUACAUAUAUGAAUCGUAGAGGAGCAGAUCUCAUUAAUGUGCUACUAAAUGAAAACAAUAUAACAACUACACGUAUUGAUACACAUACUUAUACCUGGAAUUAUCAGCAAAGAGACUUUAAGGAGAAUAUUAAUGAAACAGAAUGUAAUGUAAAUGAAUUAAAUUAUUGUAUAGCAAAUUACAAUAAUAAUUGUACUGCAAUUUAUAAUAUCAGUAGUAUUUCAAGAAUGCAAGAGCUGACAGGACUUAAUAGUUCACAAUAUAUUUCUAAAAGAUAUAAUGAAUUUUUAAAGGAUACUACUGAUGUAUCUAAUUACUACUACAUAGAAUAUAUUGGUAACCAAACUUCUGAAUUAUGUAAAGAGUGGAGUGAUUUUAUUUAUGAUAAGGGGAAGAAUUUUAUUUAUAUGUUAGCACAAGAAUUCAAUUUGAUAGAAACAGAACGUACAAAUAAAAUUCUAGAAUGGAAACAAUUUAAAGAAACAUUAAAGAAUAACACAUUAACAAAAACAAAUAAUACAUGUAAUAUGAGAAGUUUUAAUCUUAAUGACACUGAAUAUGAAUUUAUAACAUCAUCUAUUACAACUACAAUUAUACCUACAACUAUAACCACACCUAAACUUUCACCUACACCUACAUCUACAAAUGUAUCUAUAACUGAAUCCAAAACUACACAAACCAAUAUAUCUAUACCUACAACUACACCUGUAUCUACAUCUGCGUCUACACCUACAUCUACAUCACCUGCAACUACAACUAAACAAGCAGAUAUAUCUACACUUUCAACUACAUCUGCACCUACCAAUGUGCUUACAACUACAAAAACAUCUAAACCUUCACCUACACCUGCAUCUACAUCACCUACAACUACACCUAAAACUACGCUUGCAUCUAAAACUACAUUUGCACCUACAACUAUACGAGCCAAUACAUCUGCUACUAUAACUAUGCAACCCACUACAUCCACACCUUUAACUACGCCUGCAUCUAUAUCUGCAGAAGUGCCCUCAAAUACAUCCACAAGUGUAUCAAAAGUUAAUGCAUCAUUGACCCAAUUUACAACUGCACCUAAAACUACACCUACAUAUACAAAUUCACCUACAAUCACAACUACAUUUACACCUUCAACUGCAUUAAAUGCUACUUUUCAUAAUAAAAGUUAUGAGAAUAUAUCUUUAGGUACUCCUAUAAAAAGUUCAUCUACAGCAACUAAAUCUAUAAUUAUUCCUCUUUCAGUUACCUUGGGAUCACUUUUGGGAAUUCUUCUUCUUUUUAUAUUUGUGUAUAGAUUCACUCCCAUUGGCUCUUGGCUUGGUAAUCGUAGAUCAAAGAAAAAAAAAACACAGAGAAAAAAGAAGCAAGUACAGAUAGAUAAUGAAUCAAUAUUUGUAGGAUUUUUCGAUAAAGAAUCAGAGAUCAAUAUGAAAAACUUUCCAAUAUGUAAUGAGAAAAACAGUUCCACAU